AUAAAACUGAUGCUAGCUUUGAUUCCGCAAUGGCAACAAUCUAUUUGAAUGCAAUAGGAAAAAGCAUUAUAUUUACGGGAAUACCCGUAGAUAGUGAAACUUCAAUCACUGAAAUGUCUCGAGGUAUAUUUACGGGAAUACCCGUAGAUAGUGAAACUUCAAUCACUGAAAU